AUUUAUUUUUAUUGUCGCCGCCACCAUUUGCAGCCUCAGUGAAGCAACGAGCCGAGAGGUAGCAUUUAACUUUGAUUAUAUUCCAACCAAGAGCAACUAAAACAUCAAAAUGACCGAGGAAGUCAACCCGAAAGCAUUCCCCCUGGCGGAUGCCCAACUGACGGCCAAGAUAAUGAAUCUGCUGCAGCAGGCGCUUAACUACAACCAGCUGCGCAAGGGCGCCAACGAGGCCACCAAGACGCUGAACCGCGGUCUGGCCGACAUCGUGGUACUGGCCGGCGACACGGAGCCCAUCGAGAUUCUGCUCCACUUGCCGCUGCUGUGCGAGGACAAGAACGUGCCGUAUGUGUUUGUGCGCUCCAAGCAGGCGCUGGGCCGCGCCUGUGGCGUCUCCCGACCCAUCGUCGCCUGCUCGGUGACCACCAACGAGGGCAGCCAGCUGAAGUCGCAGAUCACGUCCAUUCAGCAAGAGAUUGAAAGGCUGUUAGUCUAGGUUUAAGCUAAUGGUUAAGAAAACCAUACGUACAAAGAAUCCAAUAAAAAAAUAAAUUUAAAAAUCAA